AUGGCGAAUAAAAAACUGCCAAGAAGCACCCUAUUACUGGGGUGCUGCAUCUUUUCUUGUGUAUUGUAUGCUGCCUCCGGGGUCGGGGUUCUUGCAGACGACAGAGGCGGCGCCUUUAUCAGAAAUCUGAACAUAGACAGACAGUAUAUGGAGACUCUUCAUAAGAAGUUUCCAGACAACGGACAAGUAUCCCCUGCACCCAAUGGAGACAGAGAUGGCCCUUUCGUAGACCCUACAGUCGCAGACAAAGGCUGGGGGCAAGUAAAAUUUGAAGACGACACAAGGGCGUGGGGGCCGGUAGCCCAGCCACCCGCACCUUCACAACAGACCUGGUCAGCGUGGAGCGAGUGGACCAGCUGCAUCAGCGGCUACGCCAGACGAAACAGAAACUGUCUCUCAGCUCAGUGCAGCGGGGUCAACUCUGAAGCUCGAGCCUGCAGUGAACCCGUGACCCCAGAGGUGAGAGGUGCGUGGUCCAACUGGGCCGGUUGGGCGCCUUGCAGUAACGGUAUCCAGGCUAGGACGAGAAGUUGUUUGAGCAGCAGCGGAGGUACCAGCAACGCUUGUGUUGGGGUCUCCAGCGAGACCAAGUCCUGUGCUGUGGAGGUCUCCGUCUGGUCGAACUGGGGCGAGUGGUCAGAUUGUGAGAACUCCUUCACGCUGCUCAGCACGCAAAGGAGAGUCCGUACCUGUUCAAGUAGCCGUAAUGAUUGUCCAGGUGUGGCGACGGAGACCAGGCAGUGUUUCCCUGACAGAGCCUUGUCGACCUGGACAAACUGGGGCGAGUGGUCAAACUGCGAGAACGGGAACAUGAGGAGGACAAGGACCUGCCAGGGAACUGGCAGAUGCGAGGGGUUGAAUCUUGAAACUAAAACAUGCCCUGUGAUUGUUAACCCACAGCCGUGGUCUGGAUGGGGAGAGACCCCAACUGUAGGACAAUGGGGAAGCUGGACUGAAUGGUCAAGCUGUGAUAGCGGAAGUUCAAGAAGGACCAGAGUUUGUCAAGGAACUGGAAGAUGCGAGGGUUUAACCACAGAAACUAGGCCAUGCGAUAGAGUGAUCGUGAGUGAGUGGAGCAACUGGGGCGACUGGUCAACUUGCAGCAAUGGAAGACAAGAGAGGACCAGACAAUGUCAGGGAGGUGGCAACUGUAUCGGUAAUGAACGAGAAAGUCGUAGCUGUGAAGGCGUCUGGGGAAGCUGGAACGAAUGGACGAACUGUAACAAUGGCAACCAAGAAAGAACGAGGUCGUGUGUAGGUUCAAAUACCUGUUCAGGUCAAGCAAGAGAAACUAAAACAUGCGAAGGCGUGUGGUCAGUCUGGUCUGAGUGGACAAACUGCAAUAACGGUAGACAAGGCAGGACGAGAAACUGCCAGGGUUCAACGUACUGUUCUGGACAAAAUCAAGAUUCCAGAACAUGCGAGGGAGUUUGGGGGACAUGGACCGAGUGGACAAACUGUAAUAACGGCAAUCAGGAAAGGACAAGAGCUUGUGUAGGUUCAAGUACUUGCUCGGGUCAGUCAAGAGACACUAAAACUUGUGAAGGUGUUUGGACACAGUGGUCGGAGUGGACAAGUUGUAACACCAACAAACAAAUCAGGUCAAGAAACUGUCAAGGAUCUCCAUACUGUACAGGGCAACCUCAAGAAUCCAAAACUUGUGAAGGCGUUUGGAACAAUUGGAGCGAGUGGACAAACUGCAAUAACGGCAAUCAGGAAAGAUCAAGAACCUGCCAGGGAACAAAUACCUGUAACGGCCAAGCCAGAGAAACAAAAACAUGUGAAGGUGUUUGGUCAGCUUGGACAGAAUGGACAGUCUGUAGCAGCAACAGACAGAGCAGAACCAGAAACUGUCAAGGUUCAACCUUCUGCUCAGGUCAAGGUCAAGACUCUAAAACAUGCGAGGGAAUCUGGGCAACUUGGUCUGAAUGGACAAACUGCAAUAACGGCAACCAGGAGAGGACCAGGACAUGCCAGGGAACCAACACCUGUACUGGACAAGCCAGGGACACCAAAACAUGUGAAGGUGUUUGGGCACAGUGGACGGAGUGGUCAGCGUGUAAUACGAACAGGCAAAGCAGAACCAGAAACUGCCAAGGGUCAACGUACUGCUCUGGACAAGGUCAAGAUACCAAAACUUGUGAGGGAGUCUGGGCAACAUGGAGCGAGUGGACAAACUGCAAUAACGGUAACCAGGAGAGGAGUCGAACAUGCCAGGGAACCAACACCUGCACUGGUCAAGCUAGAGAUACCAAAACGUGCGAGGGUGUCUGGACACAAUGGUCAGAGUGGACAAGUUGUAACACCAACAAACAAAUCAGGUCAAGAAACUGUCAAGGAUCCCCAUACUGUACAGGGCAACCCCAAGAAUCCAAAACUUGUGAAGGCGUUUGGAACAAUUGGAGCGAGUGGACAAACUGCAAUAACGGCAACCAGGAACGAUCAAGAACCUGCCAGGGAACAAACACCUGUAACGGUCAAGCCAGAGAAACAAAAACAUGUGAAGGUGUUUGGACCGCGUGGACUGAAUGGACGAACUGCGUCAACGGCCGCCAAGACAGGAGAAGAACGUGCCAGAAUUCACCAACUUGCGCAGGACAGCCAACAGAAACGAAAAACUGUGAGGGCGUUUGGGGAAGCUGGACGGAGUGGUCAACGUGUGCCACCAACAGACAGAGCAGAACCAGAAACUGUCAAGGGUCAACGUACUGCUCAGGUCAAGGUCAAGAUACCAAAACUUGUGAGGGAGUCUGGGCAACUUGGAGCGAGUGGACAAACUGCAUAAGCGGCAACCAGGAGAGGACGAGGACAUGCCAGGGAACCAACACUUGCACUGGUCAAGCUAGAGACACCAAAACAUGUGAAGGCGUUUGGUCAGCGUGGUCAGACUGGACCAGCUGUAACAACGGUAGACAAGGAAGAAGUCGCUCUUGCCAAGGCUCGACAUUCUGCUCAGGGUUAGCUCAAGAAUCCAGGAAUUGUGAGGGCACCUGGAGCACCUGGUCAGCGUGGUCAACCUGCGUUAACAGCAGACAAAGCAGGACAAGAACAUGCCAGGGGUCAAAUACGUGCUCCGGACAACCCCAAGAAUCCCAGAACUGUGUCGACGUUGACAGCCGAAAUCAAGUGACCAGUUGGAGUAACUGGGCCGAAUGGUCAAGCUGUGUCAACGGAAACCAGGAGAGAACAAGAGUGUGCCAGGAAACUGGUCAGUGCUUAGGGCAGGCUAGAGAUACCAGAAACUGCGUUGUAGAUAAUCCACAGCAGUGGUCUGGAUGGGGAGCUAACACGCCUCAGAGCACAUGGGGAAACUGGGCCGAGUGGUCAUUCUGCAUCAACGGUAACCAGGAGAGAACCCGGGUCUGCCAGGGAUCCACAAUCUGCCCAGGACCUAACCGUGAUACCAGGACAUGCAGCACCGGAGCAUGGGGACCGUGGUCUCCUUGUCAGAACGGAAGACAAACACGGCAGUGGGUAUGCACCGGAAACGCCGUACAAUGCGGAAACACUGCACCUGAAAGUAGACAAUGCACUGAUGACCGGUCAGGUAAUCCCCCAUCAUCUUGGUCAGAGUGGACCUCUUGGACCUCCAAUGUCGACAGCACAAGGACCAGGAAACCCCAAAACGAGAACGACGCAACUAGAACCCGCAGGCCGAAGACCAACAGACCCCAAGGACAGGCAAGAGUAGGGACAGAAGGCGGUUGGGCGGAGUGGACGCAGUGGACGUCGAACUCCGAGCAGACGAGAGCAAGAUCCCCCCGCGAUGAAGAGGACUACGACUCGGAGGAAGAGAAACAAGCACCAAAAGUAACGUGGUAGUUUCCUUAGUCCAGCAACCAGCCAGCUAGCAUGAGUGAUGUACAUGAAUUUUAUUAUUGAUUUUUAAAAAAAAUAACUAUUUCCUCAUUCUUUGAAAAUCAGCAACAGAAAAUUUCAACAUAUGCAAAAGUAAAGUAAUAAAAAAUUCUAGAAUUUAAAUUUAUUAUAUGGCAAGUAUUUUAUUUCUGCUUUCGGAUAUUCCUGCCGACUUGAUUGACCGAUAGAUUUAUCGGCAACAGUCCAACAAGGGAAACGAUCAAUCACACUACACAGGAAACACUGGAAGUAAUUAGGCAGUUGUAACUCGUUGCUACGCGAGUAGUGUACCCUGAACGAACAAUGCUUGAGCCCUGUCUUCCAUUGUACUCUUUUCUCCAGGCUGCUUAAUCAACCUUGUCCAAUAACCUACAGCUCCAACUCGAAUUUAUCGAUCCGCCGUCGGGGAGGUAGAAAAAAAUCACUAGAAUCGAAUCCUCGACUGGUGUCUUCUUGCGUAUCGCCAUGAAGAAUGGAUGAAAUCGAUUACGUAUGUACCAGCUACCGGACUCUAGGGAUUACUUUUCUUUCGGCUGCGCAUGCGAUUUAUGCGCCACAAAUGUGAGGCGAAUAAAAAAGUUUGAGUUGAGAGUAAAGGAAAUAAUUUUGGGUUUGGGUGAUUCAUCUUAUUUAUUUUUUAUUUGAUACAAUGUUUUAGUUGAACUGUAUUGAAUGGAAUAGGGAACAAAAAUGUACAUGCAUUAGAUUGUAGAUGCUUUAAAAUUGCUUGUUGUUUUGCUUGUUUAGGUCUGUUUUUUUAAUAUUAAAAAGUAAAAUGUCUAAAAAUACAUUAUUUAAAAUUUUUGAAGUUGAACAUUUAAAUGAUUUCAAUUCUUUAUUUAAAAGCUAAAACAUUGUUACCAUUAGGACAACCUGUUCUUAAUGUCAAAGCUUUGAAAUUGUAAAAUGUACGCAGUUUGUAUAAUAUUCUAUAAGUAUGAAUGUGAUGCUUUAAUUUUCUAAAUGCUUUUUUGCUUAUGCCUCUCCUGUUGAUAAGACUGAUCGGAAACCCAAUUGUAGAAUUGGACAAGACUAAACUUCUGGAUGAAGAUCCCUGCAAAAAUGAUCCAAUAAAGAUGUUUCACACU